ACUGAGACGGGAAGAGGUGAAUUGACCACGAGAGCCGUGUGGGACGUGCCUCUACAGAUCAAAGAGCGAGAACACAAGUUUAGACAGUUUCUGUGGGAGGAAAAGGAAAGUGGCUCUCUUGCCGAUCUGGAUAGCCGCGGUGGGCUCAUCAUCAGUUUCCAAUGCAAAGUAGGAAACGACACACAUGCAGUUUGAAACUGCUAUAUUUGAAUUUAUUUUUCUUGUCGUUCGGGUUUAUGUUUUUAGUGUUAUAAUAUUUCAGUAGAAUGUUUGAAUUGGCCUUUUUAGGCGCUUUCUUUUUUUCAACAGUUCGUCUUACCUUUUCCCAAGAGAGUGGAUACAGACAUUCCGCCGUUUUGGAUGCGAAUGGGAAAUACCGAAUGAAAUGGAAAUUCGACGAUAGAACUGUAACUUUUGAAUUAGAGGUUAAAACUACUGGAUAUGUAGGAUUUGGGUUGUCUUCGAACGGCGCGAUGGCGUUAUCGGAUAUAGUGAUUGGUGGCGUGUUCAAUGGAAGACCUUACCUCCAGGAUUAUUUUGCUGACCCCAGCAGAAAAGUCCACCGGGAUUCGGAGCAGAGCUACAGACUGGAGUAUGGGAGGGAGAACGCCACACACACUGUCCUGGCGUUCAGCAGGGACCUAAACACAUGCGAUCCUAAUGACAAAGAGAUAUCGGCCAGCACAGUGCGGGUGAUCUGGGCUUACCAUGAAGAGGACGUGGGACCCUCGGGGCCUAUGUACCACGGAGUGAACCGGGGGAGGAAGAGCCUGCGACUGCUAAAUCCAGGAAGCAGUGCCGCCGCGCCCCCUGGGGCUGCAUACUUCGACCUACAAAAUGCUCGCGUGCCUGUGCCUUCAAAGGACACUACUUACUGGUGUCAGAUAUUCAAAAUCCCAGAGGUCCAGAAGAAGCAUCACGUAAUUAAGAUCACGCCUUUGAUUCAGAGAGGACACGAAAACCUGGUGCACCACAUUCUCCUCUACCAGUGUGACAGCAACCUGUACGAGAGUGACCUGAGAGAGGGACAUGAGUGCUUCCAUCCAAACAUGCCCGAUUCCUUCCUAACGUGUGAGACUGUUGUCUUCGCGUGGGCCAUUGGUGGUGAGGGAUUUUCUUACCCACCUCAUGUUGGUCUCUCCAUUGGAACAUCGAUCGACCCAGUUUACGUCCUGAUGGAAGUUCACUAUGAUAAUCCAACAGUACGACAAGGAUUACUGGACAGCUCUGGCUUGCGCCUCUUCUACACCCCCAAGCUGAGGCAGUAUGACGCGGGGGUGAUCGAGACGGGCGUGUGGGUUAGCCUGUUCCACAUGCUGCCCCCUGGCAUGCAGGACUACUUGUCUGAGGGACACUGCACCAGAGAGUGCCUGCAAGAGUCCCUGCAGGAAGAGAUGCCCAGUGGCAUCCGGGUGUUUGCCGUCCUGCUGCACGCUCACCUGGCUGGCCGGGCCAUUCGGACGCGUCACUUCCGGGACCACGAGGAACUGAAACCCGUGGCGUACGACAACGAGUUUGACUUCAACUUCCAGGAAUUCCUACCCCUUGACGAGGAGAGGCUGCUUCUUCCUGGUGAUAACUUAAUUACAGAGUGCAGAUACAACACCAAGGACAGAGCUAACAUGACAUGGGGGGGCUUGAGCACCAGAGAUGAGAUGUGUCUGUCCUACCUGCUCUACUACCCCAGGAUUAACCUGGCCAGGUGUGAGAGUCUGCCGGAUAUCGAAGGACAGCUCAAUUUCAUUGGAGCAAAACUGUACCGGCCUCACACCACCUGGCCAUUUCUCAUCAAGAGUCCGAAGAGAUACAGCAACCUCUCGUUCACCGAGGCCAUGGACAAGUUCAGGUGGUCAAAGAAGAGGGGGAAGGCCUUCAACGACGUCGUGCUGGGGCUGCCCAUGAAUGUGCGCUGCUCCAAGUGGGGUCAGGACCAGUGGGAGAUUCAGGGCAGGACUGUGUCUCCCCCAGAAGUGCUACGUGACUACAAGCCCACCACCUCCCUCUGCAGCCCAAGGAAGGGAACCUCCUCCGCCUCCUCCACAUCAUCUUCCUCAUCUCCCUCCUCUUCCUCUCCCCUCCCUGUUAUGACUGUACUCCUCUACUGCUACUGUCUAUUAUCCUCAGCACACCUCUGGCCCAGUCUUUAACCAUAGCUCUGUCUUUACCGUACAUACAUUAAAGGAAUAGUUUGAAAUUUUGGACACAGGACCUAAUUUUCAACUUAGCCGGGGUGAUAUAGGUCGGUGGAGACAGUUUUCGGCGUGUUUUAUCCGGUCCUUAGCUUGCAGCGUUCGCCUUUGCUAAGCCGGUGCUGAGCUAACGCAAGUCAACGGUAACAUCCAGCCUGCCACUAAAACAGUCUUAACCCACUCCACAGAACACCCGAAACAAAUAAAUUAUAACGUCAGACUAUCGAUGCACAUGUCUGUGUUGAUAGAAAAAUGUACCUAACCUUGCAAUCGCAUUGCAAUAGCCUAUACUUUGCUCCCUGUAUGGCAGUAGCGGAUUGAUAUUACCUAGGCUAUAGAGGAAGACGGUUUCGUGAGGUCCUAUGUCCAAAAUUCCGAACUAUUACUUUAAUCCUUGUCCUUGACUAAAAGCUUUUUCUCAAUUGAGACCUCCAUUGAUGUUCUCUUGUAGUUAAGGACUAGGAUUGAAUUCAUGUAAGGGAAAAAAUCACAGAGCCUUUUAGAGUUUGAAAGUAGAACCAUAGAGAGUCAAAUCUUGUACAUAUAUAUCACACUCUCAAGUCAGUGUAGUCAAAUGUUUUCUGAUCUGUUUCUACACAAGAGGAUUAAUUGGGAUCACAGAGUUGAACUGUUCACCAUAUGAAAAAAAAAUCGUUUCAGCUAAUACUGUUAUCCACGAUUUUGGAAUUUUUGUAUUUUUGUACAAUGUAGAUGCUGUUGGUCACUGUUAACUUUGCAUUUAACUGAUGAGCAGUUGGAAAUAUACUUAAAGCGUAACGUUUGGAGCACCCUUUUUCAUCAGCAUUUUUCUUUGUAUCAAAGUCCCAUAUAUCAUCAUGGUCCUUACAAGAACAGAUGUUUCAGAUAUUUCACAUUUUAGUUCUUAAUUUUAAAACAAGCUACAUGAAAAUUCAGCCACAAAUAUAUAGGUUAAAGGGAAAAAAUGAAAAUAAAUAUACAUUUCUAAUUAGCCAAACAAAAUGAUUUCCAGUGUGCCACGAUAAUCAUUUUUUUAUUCUGUAUGUUAGGAAAGAAACAAUAAAUGUAUUUUU